GCCUCAGAGCUGCAGAAGCGUUUUUAAGCUGGUCCUACUCGCAUUUACGGUUUAUUAAAAAAGAACGAACAUGUUUAAAUUGACAAUCAUCCUGCUCCUAGUGCUGAUUGUUGGGGAUCGCAAUAGAUCUCUGGCAGGUAUAUCGAAAAGUGUGAGUCAAUCGGAGGACUUGCAAGCCCGCUGCAACGGAUACUGCUUCUCCAGUAUGAGGUCAAUGAUGGAUUUCAUUGUUGCCAACCAGGAUCAGUGGAACACCUGUAAGGCGAUUAUAGCGAACGACACCAGGGCGGACCAGAACCAGGUGAAGGCACAGCUGUCUGGACUGCAGGAAACCGUAACCGGGAUGCAAAACCAGCAGCAGAUCUUAUCCAAGGACUUCGAGGACCGACUGGGCAGGCUAGACAGCCAAUUGGCAGCCAUUAACGAGAUCCUGACAAACCAUACAUCACUGCAGCCAAAGGCAGUGACGACGGAAAAAAUCCCCCCGCCAAAGUUUGAGCUAAUAGGCUCUAGAUAUUUCUAUAUCGAACAAAAUAUUAAGCUAAAUUGGUUUGCUGCGGCGAACCAAUGUCGUGAAAUGGGGGGUCACCUGGCGACUUUUAAAGACAAAGAUGAGAUGCUUUUAAUGCAACCUAAAAUGUCUUCAUCCAUCUGGCUGGGAAUUAACUGUCUGUCUAAGAGGUACGACCACGUGUCCUCUGCUUCUGGUAAGCCAGCUUCCUAUUUCAAUUGGGGUCUGAGUGAACCACUAAUCAACAACGAUACGCAGAGGUGUGUUAAAUUAGACGAAACUUUGGAAAUGUGGUAUUAUGAUUGUGCAAGUAGUUGUAAAUUUAUUUGCCAAGCAGAUGAUUCAUAUUAAGAAUAAUAAAUAUUCAAUUUCUAUUGAGGACCCUAUAAUUCCAAGAUCAAGUCGUUAAAAUAACAUGUCCAUCUCGGAGAUUUCCUAAUAAAUAUGAGAUUUUUAAGAUCGAUUUUAAAAUGUUCAG